UCUCAUGGAGGUCUUCGAUGUUCCAGAAGAGGAGUGCAACCACACAGACUCCUGGGAGUGGGUCUACACCAUGCAGCCGGCCUACAUGUCGUUAAUCUGUGUUCUCGGUGUGAGCGGCAACAUCUUCGUCCUGCUGGUCUUCUGUCUCCAGCGGAGGUCUGGCACUGUGGCUGACAUAUACCUGGGAAACCUGGCUGCCGCAGACCUCUUCAUGGUGGCUUGCCUGCCUUUCUGGGUGGCCACUGUUGUCAGGCACUUCAACUGGGCCUUCGGGGAACCACUCUGCCAGCUGGUCAACCUGAUCAUCGGGAUGAACUACUACUGCAGUGUGCUGUUCCUCACCCUGGUCAGUGUGGACCGGUACUUGGCGCUGGCCCGACCGUUGGGACAGUGUUGUCUCAGAGGUCCGGGCUGGGCCAGGGCUGUGUGCCUGGGAGUGUGGGUGGUCGGAGCUCUGCUGAGCCUCCCGGCCCUGCUCUUUCGCUCAGUCCGAUUCUUCCCUGACCUGGGCGUGGAGGGGUGUUACAUGGCGUACCCCCACAUCGGCUGGAGGCUGCGCUACAACUUGACGGUCAACCUGCUGGGGUUCCUUCUCCCUGUCCCUGUGGUGUCCUUUUGCAGCUUCCACAUCCUGAAGGUCCUUCAGAACAGCCAGGAGAUGAGGAGAGCCAGCAGGCCCAGGGGGCGGGAAAAGAGGUGGGCGGAGAGGAAGGCGGCCCACCUGGUUCUCAUUGUGCUUGGGGUCUUUGUCCUCUGCUGGCUGCCUUACCAGGUGGUCAUCUUUUUGGACACCCUGCACUAUUACAAGUUCAUCUCUGGCUGUGGGUGGACCCAUGUGCUAGACAUCAGCACCCAGCUGUCUACUUACCUCGGAUACAGCAACAGCUCUCUGAACCCUUUCCUCUAUGUGAUCGUUGGGAAACACUUCAGGCAGAAUGCGAAGACAGUGUUGAAACAGAUGCUGUGCGGUGGGACAGGGAGGAUGUCCAGCCACAACGCAAAUGUCAACUCAACCACUAGAUACACAGAUUCCACCAAGGUAUGAUACCAGAAAUGGCUGUG